GGUUUGCCAUCUUUGCAAUUGUGUUGGGUGAAAAGUUACGAGAUUCAAAAAGAAAAUGUAGGAUACACUUGUUUACUAUAUGUUGUGUAUUAGCGGUAACUGGAUUCAUUCUCCUUGUGCUAGGGGUGAUAUUAAGUAUGCAUGUUUUACAAGGUGCAGCCUGGAUUUUUUGUUAUUGCGUUAUGUUUAUC